UGCUGAAUUAUUCUCAUUCAUGCAUUUAAUUAGUAGCUUCGACAGAUGGUGAUUCAUAUCGGACCCAAAUUUUUAACGUUUCAAGAGGUCUUCCACAGGUAAUCCUCACUUCCUCAAUAGUAGAUAUUAAUUUAGCUUCUAUUUCAUUUUUCAUCUACUAUAAAAUGGCUUUCUCAGAAGUAUACGGUAUUCCUCAUCAAGAACCAUGUCUCCAAAAAAAUCCUCACCCCACUCCACUCUCUUAAAAAUGAAAAGAAUAUCGCAAAAACUGUUUCAUUAUAACCUAUUUAGACGCACUGCCAAAUCUUCUAUUUUCUCCACCAUUUCAUUUGCUGCCAUAUUCCUUCUCCUAUAUUCAUCAGACACCAUAGUCUCGAUCUCUAACCUUCCCAUGCAUCCGGUUGACCUCAAAAGUCAUAAAAUUGUUGACCAUCGCCAGGAACCAACCUUGAUUACAACUACUAAUAUCCAAGAAGAGAUCAGCAUUGAUGAAGGUCCGGAUGAAGUUUACGACCCUCUAAUCCCUCCCGAUAAUGUAACAAAAGAAGAAAGACUAGUGUGGUUCAGGCGGAAGCUUCCAGAGCUGGAGAUACUCCGGUCCAACAGCUUGACGCAGCAAUUCCACAGUCGAGUUCUCCAGUUUCUCAACAACGGAUGCAGCAUUCAAUUCUACAUGAUAUGGUUUUCACCAGCGAAGUCAUUUGGAAAAAGAGAAUUCUUCGCCAUGGACAGCCUCUUCAAAGCUCAUCCUCAAGGAUGUUUGAUGCUAUUAUCGAAAAGCAUGGAUUCGGGACGCGGAUACCGAAUCCUGAAACCAUUACUUGAUGGAGGAUUCAAAAUACUCGCGGUGACUCCAGACUUGCCGUUUCUAGUCAAAAACACUCCAGGUGAAAUUUGGCUUGGCGAAAUGAAGAGUGGGAGGAGAGACCCAGGUUACAUCCCAUUGUCCCAAAACCUAGCCAAUCUGAUCAGACUUGCCGUGCUUUACAAGUAUGGAGGUGUAUACUUAGACACAGACUUCAUAACUCUGAAGGAUUUCUCGGGGUUGAGGAAUGCAAUUGGAGCACAAAACGUAGAUUUGGAGUCCAAAAACUGGACCAUACUAAACAAUGCAGUCAUGAUCUUCGACAUAAACCAUCCGCUUCUACUAGACUUCAUGGGAGAAUUUGCUUCAACAUUUAAUGGAAACAAAUGGGGUCACAACGGACCUUACUUGGUCUCCAGGGUAACUGAGAAAAUGGGGCGCACACCGGGUUACAACCUUACAAUUUUGCCUCCCGAGGCGUUUUAUCCGGUGGAAUGGAAUAAAAUUCGGAGGAUUUUCCGGAAGCCUCAGAAGGAAUCGGAGUCGAGAUGGGUGGAAAGCAUGUUGAAUGAGUUAAAUGAAGGGGAGACUUAUGCUCUACACCUAUGGAACAAGAGAAGUAGAGAAUUGGCCAUUGAAGAGGGAAGUGUCAUGGCUAGACUAAUAUCGGCGCAUUGUGUUAUUUGCCAGGACAUAAAUAUUACUUCUUUAUAAGAUCAAGAGGGAGUUGGUGGUUGUGGUGCUAUUUUUCUGGAUUAUAAUGGUCAAUUUCUUGGUGUUUUUACCUCAAAAUCUUGAGAUUCCUAGUUCGGUUGCAGAGGAGAUAAUAGAUGUCAUUAAGGCUAUUUAGUUUGCUUGGGUUCGGGAUUGGAAACAUAUUUGGUUGGAGGUUGAUUCAUCUCUGGUGCUUGAUUAUAUCCGUACACCUUCUCUUGUCCCUUGGUCUCUUCGAGUUCGUUGGUUGAAUUGCUUAUACCAAAUCUCUCAUAUGAACUUUAGAGCUUCUCAUAUUUUUCGAUAACGGAAUAAAAUAGCUGAUGCUUUGGCAAAUCACAGUACGUCUUGUUUUAAUUUGGUGUGUUGGGAUGAAUUUUCACCAUUCAUAGUAUCAUAUCAUAUUGUAAUACAAACAUUAGAGGUCUGCCUCAAUUUCAUUUUAAUUAGUCUGUUUUUUUUAUUGUUUUUUUUAGGAGGUAUUGGUGUUGGUCCUCCUCCUUAAUUCUUCUUUAAUUAAUAAAAUGGAGUGAUAGGGAGGCCUUAUUCCUCUCCUAUCCUCAACAUUCAGCAAAAAAAAAAAAAAACUUCUUUAUAAGAUCGAUGGUGAAUUCACCUGUAGAAGCUAGAGAUGGAGAACAGAGAAAAUUGAAGAGAUGCAGAAAGGAUUUGAACAAGCGAUUGGCCGUUUCAGUUGGGGUUAUAAUUUCAAGCUUGACCAAAAGUACAGAAACCUUUCCGGGGCAUGUACGUGUUACCUAAACACGUCGAUCUCUUCUCUUUUCUUGUUAUCUAGACGAAAUUACAUAUACUUUGAUCACUCAAAAGCCAUUCUCUAGCUAGCUAUCCUUUCACUUUCAGUGUGUAAAGAUAUAGGUUCUUAUAGCUAUUUUCACUUGUGGCAGUAUAUGACAUAUACUUCUAGGGUUAUCGAUCUAUAUACUG